AUGGUGGCUGCCGCGAGUCGAUCAGACAUGGCCGACGCGUCUUUUUCCUCUCACGAUCUUCUUCCAGUGAAUGCCUCCAUAGCGGGGACAGCAACAGCGGCUUCCCCGUCAUCACUCGCGCUGGCGCUGGUGCCGUCUGACGUGGACACGAUCCUUGCUGACCCGAUGCUGGAUACGCACGUGCAGGACGACCCGCGGAGCAACGAUGAGGCUGACGAUGAGAUCCCGGAAAAGACGAGGAAGGCCGUGGUGCCGGCGAGGCCGAGUCGAGCCUCUCACGUGCGCAAGAAAGCCGUUGUCUUCAAACGAGGUUACCGGUUGCCCAACCCGCUUCCAAAAGACUUUUCCCUGCCCGACCUGCCCGCAAACAUGGCUGCUGAGCUCGCGUGCGCCGCCAUUCAGCUCCACGACGAGAGCGCCGGGCAGCUGCUGCAGAAAUUGCAGCCCAAAUUAAUGGGCCCUGCCAACGUGGCCGGAUUGCUAAGUGCCGCCGCUUGUGCGGGUGGUGGUGUUGGGGAAGGUGCGAGGGGUGAUGAAGAGGAGGAAGAAAAGGAGGCGGAGGAGAGGGAGGAGGAAGAGGAGGACUUGGGUGGUGGGAUGCGGGCAAGAGAGGAGAAUAAUGAUGGGACGCAAGGGACGUACAGAGGAGAAGGAGAAGCGGCGUUGGCUGUGGUGAAGACGCUCCGUACAUACGAGGCUCUCAGGAGGCACUACGUACGCGUUAAUGAGUUACACCUGGCUGCUAAGGCUAAGCUUGCUGCUCUCAACCGGCGGCGAGCAGGGGGCGGGAAAGGAGGGAAAGGGCGAGGAGGGAAAGGGAAAGGGCGAGGGGUUGAGGUAGGGAGAGGGAAGAAAGUGGGAGGGAAGUGGAGGGUGGGAACAAGAGCAGGUGUUGGUAGCGGGAGGAGGGGCGAAGGGGAAGGGGACGAAGAAGAAGAUCCGGAAGAAGAGAACGUUGAGAGGGUUGCAGAGCUGUUGGAAGAGGUGAUGGCGAAAAAUCUGUACAAUAAGCGACCGGAUCUCUCCGCAGGGAAAACCAUGCGGAGGCAAGGUCUGGUAAUCAACAAUGAAAAGGCACGCGUCAUAGGCCAUGUUCCGGGCGUUCCGGUAGGGUUUCAGUUCUUUAGUAGGCAGGAGAUGGCGGUGGUGGGAGUUAAUCUCCAGGCGCAGGGGGGGAUAGAUUAUUCUCCUUCCGGGGCGAACCAGUGGGGAGUGGAGGUAGCGUCUUGUGUGGUGCUAUCCGGUGGGUAUGAGGAUGAUGAGGAUAACGGGCAGUGGUUUGAUUACACCGGGCAGGGCGGAAAUAAUUACCGCGGGGAUCGGACACAGCUGAAGGACCAGCAGCUGGAGCGGGGGAAUCUUGCACUGGCCAACAGCGAAAAGUUGAAGCUGCCCGUGCGUGUGAUUCGCGGGGUGAAAGAACCAGCGAGCUACACCAAAAUGGUCUACACCUACGACGGCUUAUACCGAGUCGUGCGCAGUGAGCAUAUCCCGGGGGAUUCCGGCCACAUGAUCUUCAAAUUCCGGAUGGAGAGGGAGGAAGGGCAGCCGGCGCUGCAAACCCCAACCGUGGAGUUUGUCAGAGCGUCGUUGAAAAGCGGGACUAAGUCCAAGGACAGGAGGGGGGUGGUGGCGGAGGAUAUUUCUCACGGGAAGGAGAGCCGGCCGGUGUGUGCUGUGAAUACAGUGGAUAAGCAACCUGUGCCUCCUCCUGCGUUUCAGUACAUCAGAAGUAUGAACCACGCCGAGGCUCUGAGGAAACUGGCGAGGCGAGAAGCAGCCCAGGCUGCUGCUGCUGGUGGUGGUGCUGCUGCUGGUGCUGGUGGUGAUGCUGCUGCUGCCGCUGCUGCAGCAGCAGCAGCAAUUGAUCUACAGCCACCGGUGCUUGGCUGUUCCUGCACGGAUGGGUGUGUGGAUGCCACUGCGUGUGAGUGCGCCCAGCUGAACGGAGGCAUGCUGCCUUUCACACGCGAGGGUGGGCUGAUAGAAGCACAGCAAGUUAUCUACGAGUGUGGCCCGCAGUGCGCCUGCUCCUGCACCGGUCGCAGCAACGCUGGUAGUAGCAGCAGCAGCAGCAGCAGUAGCAGCAGCAGUGCGUGUAUCAACAGGGUGAGCCAGAAAGGCGUGCAGGUGCGUUUGGAGGUGUUCAAAACGGAGAACAAGGGGUGGGGGGUGCGGUCGUGGGAUGCUAUUCCUGCAGGUCACUUUGUGUGUGAGUACACGGGAGACCUUAUGAGGGAUGAUGAUGCGGAAACGCUGAGAGGGAACGAUGAGUACUUGUUCGAUUUGGAUCUCGCUCGGGGGAUUCAGGAACGCUGGGGCGAUGUGUCGGGCAUUCUUGGCGGUAGCCGUGAGGAUGGAGGAAAUGGUGGGGCCAGGGCUCCUGGUGGUGCUGCUGCUGGUGCCGGUGCUGGUGGUGGUUUAGAUGAGGAAGAGGAGGAGGGGGAAGGGGAGGAGGGGUUGGGGGGUGGAUGUGUGUUCUACGACCACCACGACCACCGCCUGCCACACAUCAUGCUCUUUGCGUACGAUAACAUCCCGCCGUUGAAGGAACUCACGUAUGAUUACGGGUACCAGGUGGACAGUGUGAUUGACGGCAAUGGGAACGUGAAGAAGCUCCUGUGUUACUGUGGGGCGGCCACUUGCAGGAAAAGGCUGUAUUAA